AUGUCGCGGAGUUUGGAGCUGAACCAGUGUCACCCCGUCAUGCAUCUGCUGCCGGAGGUUGAGUGCGGUCCGAAGGCGUGGACCGUAUUGAAGGAGCUGCACGCCCCGACGUCCGUUGUCGCAAUGUUGAUGCUGCAGAGGGAGCUGUCCGCGUUGCGCCUAAGCGAGGGAGAGCCGGUGCAACCUGUCAUGGACAAGAUGCGCGACCUCUACGCGAAGAUGGCAACAUCGGGAAUCACCUACCCGGAGCAGACCAAGUGCUUGAAGAUGCUCUUGUUGCUGCCGGAAUUGGUGCUUCAAUUCACAAGCGGAUUGAGCCUGCCGCAGAACCAUAGCUCGUGGAUAUUCGAAUGGGUGCGGACGAAAAGUCUUGAGAAGGACUUCUAUCGCCGCCAACUGAGGGGUGGAGACGACGGCAGCAGCGGCUAUGGGAUGCAAGGGAGCCGACGUGGCAGAGGUGGUGGCUUUGGUGGUGUCGGGCGCGGUGCAAUGGAGGACGACGACUCCAACGACCAACAAGGAGGAGGGGCACCCCUGGUUUUGUGCUAUAAGAAAUCCGAUGGAUGGACCCCCCAGCAUCGUCACCAGGAUGGCGGCGCGCGGAGGAACCAGAAAAACGGCGCAAGCAUGGUUGCCGAUUCGUCCGACAACAACCCGAAGAGCAACGGCGGUGCGAAAAAGAAGAAGGAGCGCACCGCGGGCCAGUUCUUCCAUAUUGGAGAGCAGGGGGAGCUAGGAGACGCCUCUGCCAAGGUUGGAGCAGAGCUGCACCCCCUGAAUUAUUGGGUGUUGGACACGGGCGCUGCUUGGACGAUGACGCCGCGCAAGGACCUGCUGGACAACGUACGCGCUGCACCGAUCAAUGAGGUGUGCUCCGCCUCUGGACACGCGCUGAAGGUGGCUAGUGCGGGACGAGCUGCGUUUAAGGGAGCGGAUGGCAAGCUGGUGGUGCUGCACGACGUUCUCCUCGUUCCUGAACUCAAGGCCAACCUCAUCUCCCUCCGUAAGCUUGCCAAGGGUGGGGUGAGCACGAGCACGAAUGGGGCACGCACAUACAAGGGGCAGCUGGGCAAUCGGAUACUUUGGAACCUGCACAAGAGCAAGGAAGUGUUCAGAUCCUUGUGGCAGCUGCCGGCGUUGGCGUGGCACAGUGGGGGGGCAGGCUGGAGAGGGGUCUGCAUCCCAGGGGGAGUGCAACGCCGUUGGAGGGGUUGCAAGAAGCCUUUGGAGCUGGUUCACAUGGACUUGGUGGGGCUGCUGCCGGUGCAAGGGCACAAGGAGGAGCGGUAUUUCCUGAUUGUUGUGGAUGAUUGGAGCAGACUCAUGUUGGUGUAUCCGCUAAAACAGAAGGACCACGCAACCUCCACAGUGCGAGAUGAUUGGCUGCAAUUCGUGGAGAAGCCAGCGGAGUAUGUGGUGAAGCGGAUUAGGACAGAUUGGGGCGGUGAGUUCCUUGGAGCAGAGAUGACGGCCUGGCUCAAGAAGCAGGGCAUCCAGAGGGAGCUGACUACGGCUUACACCCCAUAG